CAAAGCAGAGCCUGGGCAGCCCGGCUGCUCGGAGCUGGUACCGAUGCUUGGAGCCGCUCCUGGUGAUGCCGCCACCGCCGCGCAGCUCCAGACACAGAUGUGGCUCCCCGCGAGCCCCGGGGGCCUCCUGAGUUAUUUGGUGACUCUGCACGUCCUGCGGCUGGGAUCAGCUGACUUCAGUGUGGUGGGACCAGGCCACCCUCUCCGUGUUACCGUGGGGCAGGACAUCGUGUUGCCAUGUCACUUGUCCCCCAGCAUGGAUGCUUGGAGCUUGGACAUCAGGUGGAUCCGGCGCCGGUUCACUGAAACAGUGUACCACUACCGAAACGGAGAGGAUCUGUACAGGGAUCAGAUGGAGGAAUAUUUUGGGAGGACAGAGUUGGUCAGAGAUGGUCUCUCCAGUGGAAGCCUGGACUUGCGAAUCUCUGGGUUGAGACCCUCUGACGAUGGUUAUUACGUCUGCACUGUGAGAGAUGGUUCCUCUUAUGGAGAAGCUACGGUGGAUCUGGAGGUGUCAGCCACAGGCUCUGUCCCUCAACUCUCCCUGGAGGGUUACGAGGACGGAGGCAUCCGGGUGGUGUGUCGAUCGGCCGGCUGGUACCCACAACCGGAGGUGCUGUGGAAAGAUUCUGGUGGGCAGCAUCUCCCCUCGGUCUCCCAGAGACAUUCCUCGGAUGAGAGGGGCCUCUUUGACAUCGAAGAUGUCAUCGUUGUGACCGAUGGGAACAGAGAUGGGAAAUGGUCCUGCAUGGUCAGGAACAGCCGCCUCAACCAGGAGCAGGAGACGUCCCUGCACAUCUCAGCUCCCUUUUUCCACAAUGCCCGUCCCUGGAUGGUUGGUGUGUGGGUGCUCCUCGUGCUUUCAGUGGUGUUCCUUGGCCUCGGUGCUUAUCUGUGGAGAAGGAAAGUGCUGCAGUCCCGAGAGCUGGGAAAACAACAUGCAGCACUGAUGAAGAAACGAGAUGUAGCAGUGGAGGAACGAGAUGCAGCACUGGGUGAGUCUCCAUGAGCUCCAGCAUGGCGUGGGGUCCUUUCCCAGGGAUUCUGUGCUCAGCCCUUUCCUUCCUUGCCCGUCCUCUCCAUCCGUGCAUGCCCUGGCUCUGGGAAAGCCCAAGGCGAUGUGCCUGGGACAGUGGGCAGCUGGGGGACACCAGCCCAAGGUUGUCCCCUCUUCACUGCCCAGAGUCCUGGGCACCAGCCAUGGGACGUGACCAAGCUGGCAGGGAGCAAUUCCGGGGGUUUGUGGGUGUUGUCCCACUUCCAAACAAGCAGUUUGGGGUCUGCCUGAGCUUUUCCUGCUCCAGCAGGAGCAGCCAUGGGAUGAGAAGCUGUCCCUUCUGAUCACUCUAGUGAUUUUGGUUUUGCUUUCCAGAAGAACAAGAUGCAGCUCUCAUGGGUGAGUCUCCAUGUGCAGUGGAACAGUGUUGGGUGCUGUCCCGUGCGCUCUGUGCUGGGUCCUUUCCCUUCUUCACCCGUCCUCUUCAUCCCUGCAUCCCCUGGCUCUGGGAAAGCCCAGGGCGAUGUGCCUGGCAGGGUGGGCAGCUCGGGGACACCAGCCCACGCCUGGACCCUCGCCCCUGCCCAGAGGUGCUGGGGACCGGCUGGGGGAUGUGACCAGCUCUUGUCUCUCC